CACACAGACAGCAAACGGAGCAACAAGUCAUACAUUGUGUGAGCAGAACCAGCAAGGUGUAGUAUCAUCUGUGAACCUAACUAUGUCUGGACUCAAUGUCUCCCUUGGUUACUUUCUCACUGUUGUGGUGUUUGGUGCAGCCUUUAGAAUCCUUUUCAGAAAAUGGCCUCAUUUGAGCGUUGCAGCAGAGUUUCCAGCCUCGUUUGUGCUGGUGGCAUGCUGGUUGGAGGUGCAGACCAUUAAAGAGGUGGGCGAGUGGGCAGGAGGACUGGGUCCGGACGUGACUCUAACCAUACUGUUUUUAGUGCUGCUGACCCAUGGUGUGAUCUGUGCCGGAGCCACUGGAAACCCCUCCCUGACUCUGAUGAAUUUCCUGCUGCUGGAGACCCAUACUCUGCCCACUCUGCUGGCUCUGGCUGCUCAGUUCCUGGGGGCACACCUGGCCCUGCUUGGGGCUGGCUACUACUGGGCCCUGGAGCUUAAUGACAUGCACAUGAUUAAGAACCUGAUGUCAAGGGAGUGCAGCACAGCCCUGCGUGUCUCCCUGGUGCAGGGGGUCUUUUCUGAGUGUGUGUGUGCAUUCAUCUUUUAUCUGAUAUACCUCAGCCUGAAACGUCGCUCUGCGCUAAUUCGGGUUCCUCUCGUUGCAGCUGUGCUCACCUACUUCUCCCAUUCAGCCAGUAAUUAUACCAUGGCUUUCCUGAACCCCUCCCUGGCCUAUGGCCUUACCUUCUACUGUCCCGGGUUCACCUUUACGGAGUACUCAGUGGUCUACUGGCUUGGGCCCAUUUUUGGAAUGACCCUUGCCCUUCUCCUGUACAUGGGCCACAUUCCCAGGAUUUUUACCAAGAACCUGCUGUAUUCCCAGAAAACCCGCUUCCGGGUGCCAAAGGGGGAGGGAGAUAAAAGAAAGUGAAAGAAUAUAAAAAUCAUCCACCUCAGCUGAGGCAAUAACAGACCGAAGAGUGCAUUAGGAAUGCAAUGCUCAAGUUUGUUCUGAUUGGGAUGUUUCAUUAUGCACUGAGCACUAUAUUCAACAGCUGAUUCUCUCCUUAGGUUAGACUGACAAAAAGGGGUGGGCUAUAGAAUAAUAAGAUCUGUCCAUGUAUGAUACAAUUUUAUAUCUCAUGUACAACUUGUGUUCUUUCAGAAGUAAUACAUCAAUUGAAAAUAACUAUUUUAAAUAAUCAUGUGUAUUAAACAUUUAACAUUG